CCUUCAUCCUCUUCCUUCUGUAUCAUAUCUGUGCCUUCGAAUAAAAUCAUGAUCUCCGAAGGAACCACUAUUUUGCCUAUGCAGCCAUUCAUGGCCGUGUCACUUGUUGAUCAUUCUCUAAUCUCAGGGACUGUUACCCGCAUCCAGGUGCGGGUUGACGCCAAGACAAGCGAAUAUAUUAUUUUACCUGAAGACAUCACAAACGCCUUCAAGGAGUUUGAGUACCUUGUGGUUGGCUCUUCUGUAAUAUCACAGAUGGACCUUUUUAUUUCACAGAAAAUUAAAUAUCAGCCAGGAAUCAUUAUAAAGGUUGCGAUUCGAAGAGCAGACGACGUCUCCAAUCCUCCUGCGCCUAUCAGUAGGGCGCUCGACAAUUUGGUACUGAAGGCUCACCAAAAACAACAAAGUGAGGUCAAAACCCCGGAACAGACAAAAAACCAAAGUUUGCUUGACCAUAUUCAUGUUUUGCAAGAGCAAGUCCUUCAAAUACGGCAAGUGAUGGAGGAUAAGCAACAAGACAUAUUAAUGAUGCAAAUUCAGGCCCAUGCGCUUAUUACACAGACAUACGAGUUCCGCGAGUGCCCAAUUCCUCGGUUGUUCAUCGUCCUCCCAAGGCCUACAGGACUUCUUGAAAGGCGAAGAUGGCCAUCUGAAAAGCAGUUUCGACUAUUCUAUCUUUGUGAAUGUAGUGGCCACUUAAUAACCUCCGGAGGCAGAGUUCCGUGUCAUAUCCAUUUAGUCAAGCAUGAAGGCUAUGAUAUCGAUAGACCAGCGGAGUUUUUUGAGAAGUAUGGGGCUUACGUAUUGACCAUACUUCUGAUAUUCAAGCACGGCAUCUUUACUGCCGAUGCUAUCGUUCCCCCACUAGCCAAGGUCGACAUUUCAGAGUGGCUCGAAGCAGUUCAAGAUGUGCUGAAGUUACCAACAGGAGGCAUUGUGCCUCUAGUGGAUGAGUCGAUCAGCUAUAUUAAAAAAAUCCAGCAGAACAGCGGUCGUGCGCUCCACUCGACCAUGAGCGAAAUAAAAUUUGAGGGCCUCAAGUACCAUAACGGCAUAGACUCAAGGCAGCUUGAGUCGUUUUUACGAGUCAAUCGUGCAGUCCGGGCCCUUGGCAACAUGUAUCGCAUAGUCACAUCUGAGGGUCAUGUCAAAUGGGUAUGUGCUGAUCAUUACCACGGCAAAGGCAAGGAGACAGCAUCACGACAGCUUAUGAAGGUUAUCAGUAAUAAUGAUGGAGGUUACAACGCACAACUUGGCAGCGUUCGGAUAACUAUCAGAUCUGCGGAAGAGACGAAUCGGUUUUAUAAAAUAAUAGCCAAAGAGAAAGAUAUCCAGGAGUUGGAUAUUACAUUUGCCUGUUCGCUGACAACGUAUGGCUUUUAUGAACUUCUCAAGGCUGUCGCUGCAUCAAAAAUUACGCGCCUCGCCGUAGAUUGGGAUUAUACCAAAGGAGAGGAUGGCAUUUCACGGCUAACUAUAUAUGCGGUUGCUACGGCAGUUGCGACAAUAUUCGGUAUUCCCAUCGGUCUGACAAUUUGCGGGCUCAUCAUAUCCGUACUGGUGGAAUUAGUAUACGAUAUUGUAUUCUGGAAAACGCUGCUGGGGCCCAGGAAUAGUGAAAACAUUCAAAUAUUGUAUAUUAAUCACCCCCCAAGGCUUUUCACUGAUUUGCUCCAUUCCUCACUACUAAGGGGGCCUAAACUCCGUUCUCUUAUUCUAACUGAUUGUGACUUCCGCGAUGCUUAUGACGAGACUAAUCUUGAAGGCCUCCUGGCUUACUACCCAGCCCUUGUUGAACUGCGGAUUGGGAAGCUUCGCCCUGGUACGACUCUCGAAUAUUUACUAGGUGGUAACUUGCCUAUGCUUCAAACACUCGAGACCCUACAGCUUGAAUACGGAGACUCAACUAUUUUACAAACAAAAUACUCGAAAGGCAAGAUCUUGGAGUCUAAGUUAGAGAUUGUCGAGAUCAAUGUGAAGACAGUAACUUAUCAUUCCGCUAUUAUCUAUGGAGGCCAGCUAACCGGCCUAGUUGUCAAUAAAUGGAUCCAGCCGCACGAAUGGACAACACUUGAAGCGAUCAUAUCCAAUAAUCCGAGAAUCUCCUGUAUCACCUGUGAUUCAAAGCCAGAGCUGAAAUGAUGCUCCAAGAUCAAAAAAAAAGAGCUCUGCUUGCAUCUUGUAAUAAUAAAG